AUGCCCUCACGCGGGAGCGAUGAACAACAUCGUGUUUACGAUGUUCCAGUAGGACUUCAGUCCAGGCCUUGUUUGGCCCAAGAGUUGCGGCAUCCGGGAGUUAACUUCCCGAGUUUUGGACGUCUAGCAUUCGGACAUAUUAUCCACCUAGCAUCAUUGACAGGAUUUCGGAGACAGGAUCUUUCCCGAUCCAUUCAUUCGCUGAGUGUGUUUACGGUUUUCCAUCACAUUUCGACUCUUGAGUAUCGACAGCGCACUGAAGUCGAGGAGGCUGUGGAACCUAUGGACGUGGACCAGCAUGUGGAGCCUAGCAGAAUUCAAUUACUGGGGGACUCGGAUAUCGCAGCUAUUAUCGCUGCUCUUAAGGAAGACCAACCAUCAGCUUCCACUCAGCUGGUCCCCCCGAACCCCUCUUUCGCGCGUAAGGGCUACGCAUCCCAGUACGAAUUCAACCUAUCCGUGAUGCAGAGCCUCAUCAAAAUCAACAGGAACGGGAUGAGGAAGGAGGACGAUGAGAUAGUACAGACCGUUUUGAAUGCAGUCAAAGUCAGAAACGAGACUCUAAAAAUUGCCGAUAAACAUCCAGGAGUAUUUUCAUUUCUCGACAGCAAGAAACAAGCCGAAGCGGUGAAAUCUUUGGAUCCUUUUCUCGCCGAAUUUCUAGAGCAAGGAAGAGAAGAAGACUAA